AUGGAGGUUCCAGAUAAUGGCGCGCCGGAUCUCGCCACCGUCUUGAAAACCCUCUCUUCAUUCAGCACUCCACAACCGAGCCAACCCCAGACGGCCAGUAAUUCGCAGCCAACAGAUCAUCCUCAUCUCCAAAGUGCACAUAGGAUACAUACGCCCACUCAUACGAGUUUAACUUCUUCGUCAAGUAGCCAGGAGAGUGGGUCUGGCCCUUUGAAUAAGAGUUCUGCUAGUCCGUCUGUAAUCACAGCAUGGCCUACCGCUCUUAAAUAUGUGAUGAAAACCGUGGCUCAGAAUGAAACCGUGCAAUUCAGGAUUAGACGGCUGAUCGCAUCACAGCAUGAACAUGAGAAGACUUGGUGGCAAGGGAGACAGAGACUCCUAGCGAAGCAAAAAGCUCGAGCUGGAAACCAGAAGAAACUUGAUGAAGUCCUGUAUGAAUUCCAGCAGGCACCAGAAGAAGAUGAGCUCGAGAUCAAACGUUAUGACGAUAAAGUGUACAAGGCAUCUGUGGAAAUGUCCAAAGCUCUUCAUUCGGAGCUCAAGGCAAUGGGAAUCCCUUUCUUUGCGAUAAAAGAAGAGCUUAUUCAGCCUGCACCUCCAGACCCCAGCUCGAAGCCCGAAAAUACAGGUAACAGCACUGAGAGAUGCAUUACUGCUGAGGAAGCAAAGGCACUCCAGCUUCGUAUGUUGGAUCUAUUACAGGACCUAUGCAAGGAAUGA